CCUUUCCCUUGCUGAGCCUGCUCAAGAGAGCUCUUCCCACAGCUGUCGGUCUCCCUGGCUCCCCAGUGCCUCUCUCGCACCAGCCAUCCCGACGGGUGGCGGGAGUGUGCUGAGGGGCUGAGGAUGCUGCUGUGCAAAUGGGCUCAAGCGUGAGAUCUUCUCCUUGUGGGCGAGGAAGGGGGCUGAGACGCCUCCCUACCAGGCUGGGGGAGUCAGCAUGGCGCUGGGUGCCUUGAAUACACAGCUGUGACUCCUCCAGGAACGAGGUCCCUUCUCCCUGACAGAUCAGCAGCUUGGUGGCCUCUUUACCACAAAGUCCUACUUGCGCCGUUCUCUUCCCAUUGCCACCUGGGCUGUCUGCGCCGAUCCCUGGAGCCUGCUGAGAUCCUGGCAGAAGCCGAGCAGGGCACUGGGCACAGUGCUGUUCUUAGGCGGGGAAUGGGGAGUCUCUUCCUCGCUGUGCCUGCAAUAUGAACACCAGGACGGCCUCCCAGCUCCUCCAGACCUUGGGCAGCGGUGAGAAGGCAAGAUGGGAGCCACGGACAGAGAGCAAGGGCCCUGAGCCAUCCCUCAUGGGGAGCGGAUAGGGAGCAGCAGCCCUCCAGCUCCUUCUCUUGCUGCUGGGGCAUAUCUGGGAUUUUCUAACCUGUGCCAGGUUCAGGACACAUUUCAAGGACAUGGGACUCCAGGUUUAUCUUCUACUUCUCCUCCCAUGGCUGACAGGGGCCAUCCUGGACAUCACCCUAAUUGCCAACGUGCAGAGCCUGUCCCACUCUGACUUCUUCCUCUCCUGCGUCAUGGGCGAGCGCGACGUGAGUUACCUGCAGAUCGAGAGGGACAACAAAAUUGUGAUGACACACCCCAAGACGGGCUUCCAAAACUACCACAACCGCAGCAAUCAUGUCCAGGCCAGGGGCUUCUCCAUGCCUGACCUGGUGGGGAUCCUCUACUGCCUGGGGCGCACACAGACAGAGCAGGCCCAGGUGGUCUAUGUGCACAACAGCCACAAUGCCCAUCUAUUCCCUGUGAAGGCCACGCAGUCCGUCAACAUCGCUGAGCCAGCCACCUUCUCUGCCAGAGUCCUCAAGAAGAAGGAGACAGACGUUAUGUGGAAAAGAAAUGGUACCUACUACCAGACCACAGAUCGGGGUGAGGUGCGGGGCAACCUCUUCACGCUGACGCUCCCCAAUGUGAGCGUGAGUGAGAAUGGCGUCUACAGUGCCACAUUUAUGGGGGACAGCCCACUGUGGAGCGCCUUCUACCGACUGAUCGUCAGAGCGUGUGCCGCAAAGAAAUGGGGGCCCUCCUGCGAGAAGGACUGUCCCGACUGUCUGAAUGGGGGCGUCUGCCACGACCACGUCGGUGAAUGCAUUUGCCCGCCCGGAUUCAUGGGCACUCGCUGUGAGAGAGCCUGUCGGGAAGGCCAGUUUGGCCGUAACUGCCAAGAGACAUGCCAGAGAGCCCAGGGCUGCAGGGGGCUCAGCUUCUGCCUUCCAGAUCCCUACGGCUGCUCCUGCGCCUCUGGGUGGAGUGGUUCCCGCUGCAACCAAGCCUGUCCCCCAGGAUACUAUGGCCCAGACUGCGCCCUGGGGUGCUCCUGCCGAAACGGAGGCAGCUGUAACCGCUUCAGUGGCUGCGUGUGCCCAUCAGGCUGGCAUGGACAGUACUGCGAGAAGUCAGACCGGUUCCCCCAGAUCAUCAGACUGGCCUCGGAGCUGGAGUUCAACCUGGGCUCGGAGCCUGUGAUCAGCUGCGUGGCCACUGGAAACCCACUGCCUGCGAGUGACAGCGUGGAGAUGCGCAAGGCUGACGGCACUGUGCUCAAGCUGAUCAAAGCCAUCAUCGAGCCAGGGCAGAUCACAUGCGAGUUCCAGGUGCUGAGCUUGACCAAGGCCGACGCAGGGCUCUGGGAGUGCAGAGUCUCCACAACUGGGGGGCAGGACAGCCGGAAAGUCAAAGUCAACAUCAGAGUGCCACCCACACCCCUGACCCCUCCCCGGCUGCUUGCCAAGCAGAGCAGGCAGCUCGUGGUGUCACCCGUGGAUUGUUUCUCUGGUGAUGGACCCAUUGUCUCCAUCAAGCUGCUCUACAAGCCCAAGGACGACACCUCGGUGUGGUCUUCCAUUGUGGUUGACAACAGCGAGAACAUCACCCUCAUGAACCUCCGACCAGUGACCUCCUAUGUUGUCAAGGUGCAGCUGACCCGGCCGGGGGACGGUGGGGAGGGCAGCAAGGGGCCAGAGGCCAUCAUGGUGACCGAGUGUGUAGAGCCCACAGUCAAGCCUGUGAUUGAAGGUUGGUCCAUAGAGGAGAAAAACACACUUCAUGUCAACUGGAAAUUGCCAAAUAACCACGAGCCGGCACAUGGGUUCAUCGUCCAUCUCUUUGACUCUGCAAGGAGGCUCGUCUGUGAGAAAAACAUCACAUCCAUAUCCGUGCUGUCUGCCCGCAUUGCGGAUCUGGAGUUCAACACGGAGUACAGCCUGGAGGUGCUGGUGUACCAUUGCACAAGCCUGGGCCCCCCCUCUGACCUCUACAAGGUCAUAAUAAACAGCAAAGGCCCCUCCUCCCCACGGUCACUCUCCGCAGAGUCCCUGUCUGACACUGCAGUCAGGCUCUCCUGGCAGGUCCCCGAGUACCCCAAUGGGGGCAUCACCAAGUACAUAGUGGAGCUGCAGCAGGUGGGGGGAACCAGUGAACCCCAGUGGAUUGACACAGACAGCGGCGUGGAGACGACCAAGACCAUCGGGGGCCUCAAUGCCAGCACAAACUACCAGUUCCGUGUCCGGGCCAACUCCCACGUGCCAGGAGAGUGGAGCCAGCCUGUGAAAGCUAAGACCCUGGGGGAUGGAGCGCUGAGCGUGCCGCCCAGCCUGGGCAGCCACAGCACCGAGCAGUCAGGAGUAGACCAACAGCUGCUCUUGGCCAUCAUCGGCUCUGUGUCCGUCACCUGCUUCACCAUCCUCUUUGCUCUCCUUGCGCUUUUCCUCAUCAAGAAGAAUUUUUUCCACCGGCGCCGCACCUUUACGUACCAGUCUGGCUCGGUGAGUGCCGCCUGCCCCACCAGGACCGUGUCCCCAGCUCCCCACGUCCCAGCCCGAUCCAGGUCACGCUCUGUAGCCUCCAGUCCGGAUGCAGCCAGGCCUCACUUCCACGCGGAGAGGGGGGAAGAGACCAUCUUGCAGUUCAACUCGGGAACUCUGACCUUGACACGCCGGCCCAAGCCGCAGCCUGAGCCCCUUAGCUACCCCAUCUUGGAGUGGGAAGACAUCAAGUUUGAAGAUAUGAUUGGGGAGGGGAACUUUGGUCAGGUCAUCAGAGCUAUGAUCAAAAAGGACGGCCUGAAAAUGAACGCAGCCAUCAAGAUGCUGAAAGAGUUUGCUUCAGAGAAUGACCAUCGGGACUUUGCUGGGGAGCUGGAGGUGUUAUGCAAACUGGGCCAUCACCCCAACAUCAUCAACUUGCUGGGUGCCUGUGAGAACAAGGGCUACCUGUACAUUGCUAUUGAGUAUGCCCCCUAUGGAAACCUCCUUGACUUCCUCCGCAAAAGCCGAGUCCUGGAAACUGACCCAGCCUUUGCCAAAGAGCAUGGGACUGCGUCCACCCUCACCUCCCAACAGCUCCUCCAGUUUGCUUCAGAUGUGGCCAAGGGAAUGCAGUACCUGAGUGAGAAGCAGUUCAUUCACAGGGACCUGGCAGCCAGGAAUAUCUUGGUGGGAGAAAAUCUGGCCUCCAAGAUUGCCGACUUCGGGCUCUCCAGAGGGGAGGAGGUCUAUGUGAAGAAGACAAUGGGUCGCUUGCCGGUUCGUUGGAUGGCCAUUGAGUCCCUGAACUACAGCGUGUAUACCACCAAGAGUGAUGUGUGGUCAUUCGGUGUCCUGCUCUGGGAGAUUGUCAGUUUGGGGGGGACACCGUACUGUGGGAUGACGUGUGCCGAGCUCUACGAGAAGCUCCCUCAGGGUUACCGCAUGGAGAAGCCACGCAACUGUGAUGACGAGGUGUAUGAACUGAUGCGGCAGUGCUGGCGUGACCGCCCCUAUGAGCGCCCACCGUUUGCCCAGAUCUCCAUGCAACUCAUCCGCAUGCUGGAGGCCAGAAAGGCCUACGUGAACAUGGCCCUGUUCGAGAACUUCACCUAUGCAGGGAUUGAUGCCACUGCAGAAGAAGCGUGAGGCUGCGCCCAGCACCACGCAGCUGGCUGCCCGGCUAUGCUGGAUUGUGGCCCUGCUUCCGAGAGACAACACUGGCCCCUGGCCUGCUGGGAUAGUGCGGUGGAAAUGAGUGGCUGCCUGUCCCCCCUGGGUCAGAGCCCCAAACGCCUGUGACUCUUCUUGAGAGUGCCCUUCCACGCAGCAGGACUGCACUGUCCCCUCCCUGGCUGCCUCCCAAGGUGUGCUGGCCAGGCUGGCAUGCCACUGGCCUCUGACAGUGGAUCCACACAGCUAGGGGACAUGCUGGGAUGUCCCCAAAGGACAAGACCCUGGCUGCAUGCCCUGCAUGGUGUUUGCGGCAGAGUCAAGGCAGGAGAAGGGCUCUCCUAGGAGCUGGAGGAUGCUGCAGCCCCAACCUCUGGCAGUGUGUAGGAACUGGCCUAUGCACGAGGACACAAAUGCCCAUCGUCUGGGGCAAGAGAUGAAAGCAGAGAUCUGGCAGCUCACUGCCCUGCAGUCUCUCAGCAUGCUCUGGGUCUGAGUCUGCGCCAGGUCCUGAGCACUGCCCUGGUAAGGCUGCAAACAUUGCCACCAGCAUGGGAUGAGGCAGCCCCAGGGUGCGAGAAAGGAUGGCGCUAGCCAUGCAUGGCCUCCAGCUCUGCACCAACCCUUUGGAGAUUGGCGGUUCUGCUUUCUGUUCAAUAAACACAGUGCAACAGACA